AUGCGCAUGGCUUUGGUAGAGGGCUGGCAUCGCGCUCUUCCUGUCGAGCAACUGGGAGAAAAGAUGGUCGAGCGAUGCAAGAAUAUCUGGUGGACGAUAUAUAUUCUCGACAGCCGUUUCUCGUCUUUAAUUGGAACUCCUAACUCAGUUAAUGAUGAGGAUGUUACUGCCAUGCUCUGGGAUCUGAGAAAUUGUUCUCAGGAAGCAGCUGCGUUGACAUUGCAUGUCAAGAUAUCGCAGGUCGUCACGCGUGUUCUUAACACUGUGUAUAGCGUAGAUGGCAAACUGGGGGGCGUCUUUCUGCGCAAGAUGCGAUCCGUCCUGCAUGAAAUGACGGAUCUCUCUCGGGAGCUUGAGAAUGUCUUUGCGCACCGGUUUCAGAAUUCAGUCGAUGCGAUUUCCGGAGUGACCACGCGAUUGACACUGUCUUGCCAUUUGUGUAUCAUCGUAACGGUCCGUCCCCUCAUCCUCAGCCUGCUAUGGGAACGCCUGAGCUGUUACGAAAACGGCGAUUCUCUGCGUCCAUUAUCAGCGCCAGUUCGAACACUCGUGCAAUCCUGCGUCGACUCCGCCAUCAAGUCCCUGCGACUGCUGACAGCCUUGCGAAACCAAAACCUACUUGAAACUUUCCUCCCAUUCGACCUUGAAAGCCUUUUCUCAGCAGCCUGGAUUUUAUCCAUGAUUUUAGCUAUCCUCCCAGACACCCUCCCCGACCACAGCUACCGCGACACAUAUUUCAGUCUUCUGGACGACAUGAUCGAGCGUGGUAAUCGCGUAGCCCAAUUCCGUAAAUCCGAAAUUGAGCUCUUAGAGGAACUAGCCCAGCCACUCCUCGUUCCUUCAACACCUGUAUCACAUCCAGUUGACGAGGAACCGGAGCCACUCAUAACCCCGAGGAGUGAGACAGUCCCGGGAUUCAAUGACCUAGACGUGCAGCCUGUCAUAGCAACGCCGUCAUUGACUGCUACUGGAAUACCAGAUGUGAAUGAGGACGACCUGACCCUCGAUUGGAGGGAUUUUGGGGCUUCACUGAAUCAAAUGUUAUCGGCGACGGACGAGUUGGAUGCGAAUUGGGUGGAUAUGGAUAGAGGGUUGGGAAUGGAUUUGUGGCUGUGGGAUAAUUGA